CCGACCAGUAAUCACCACCCCACCUACGACUACUUCUUGCCCUUACUCCCCGUUUAACCUUCUUCCUCUCCUGUACACAUACCAAUUGAGCCACAAUCAUGUCCAACGGAAAGACUUUCACAUUGAGCAACGGGGUCAAGAUCCCCGCCGUCGGUUUCGGCACUUUCGCCAGCGAGGGCUCCAAGGGCGAGACCUACGCUGCCGUCACCACUGCUCUGCGCACUGGCUAUCGUCACCUCGACUGCGCCUGGUUUUACCUGAACGAGGAUGAGGUUGGUGAGGGUAUUCGAGAUUUCCUCAAGGAGAACCCCUCCGUCAAGCGAUCGGACAUCUUCGUGUGCACCAAGGUCUGGAACCACCUUCACCGCUACGACGACGUCCUCUGGUCCGUCGAGAACUCCCUCAAGCGCCUCCAGCUUGACUACGUCGAUCUGUUCCUGGUUCACUGGCCCAUUGCUUCCGAGAAGGAGGACCAGGAGACCCCCAAGAUUGGUCCCGAUGGCAAGUACGUGAUCCUCAAGGAUCUGACCGAGAACCACGAGGAGACAUGGCGCGCCAUGGAGAAGCUCUACGCCGACGGCAAGGCCAAGGCCAUCGGUGUCUCCAACUGGACCAUCCCCCAGCUGGAGGCGAUGGCCAAGUUCGCCAAGGUGCAGCCGCACGUCAACCAGAUCGAGAUCCACCCCUUCCUGCCCAACGAGGAGCUGGUACAGUACUGCUUCUCCCACAACAUCAUGCCCGAGGCCUACUCGCCCCUGGGCUCGCAGAACCAAGUGCCCACCACCGGCGAGCGUGUCUCCGAGAACAAGACCCUGAAGGAGAUCGCCGAGAAGGGCGGCAACACCCUGGCUCAAGUGCUGAUCGCCUGGGGUAUUCGCCGCGGCUACGUCGUUCUCCCCAAGAGCUCCAACCCCAAGCGUAUCGAGUCCAACUUUAAAAGCAUCGAGCUGAACGAUGCCGACUUUGAGGCUGUUAACAAGGUUGCUGAGGGCCGCCACUUCCGCUUUGUGAACAUGAAGGAUACCUUUGGUUACGAUGUUUGGCCCGAGGAGACUGCCAAGAACAUUUCUGCUUAAAUUUCAAAAAGUUGUUUGCAGGAGUAGGAAGCGAUAUACCCAAGAUUGGGAUGGUGAUCCUGUUGACAGGCACGAACAACGUGUAACGAAUCUCAGAUACGAAAUAGAUGAAUUGGAUAUAGUAUCCCGCUGUCAACA